CAGGCUGAUAGCGUGAAGCCCUGUGGCUGUGCACCACUGAGGCAUGAGUGUGGGAAGAGCCCACCACCACCACCACAGCUUCUUGUCCUGUGAAGAAGAAGGCUUUAGACUGAGCACUAUGCCUGCUGUGGGCAGUUUUGGCAAUGGAAAGAUCCACACACGACGCAAACAGCACAGCCGGUUUGUCGGCAAGACCGGCCAAUGCAACAUUCAUUUCGCAAACAUGGAUGAGAAGUCACAGCGGUACAUAUCUGACAUUUUCACUACUUGCGUGGAUAUCCGCUGGCGAUACAUGUUCCUGCUGUUCAGCUUGGCGUUUGUGGUGUCCUGGUUAAUGUUUGGCUUUGCGUUCUGGGUCAUUGGCCUGCUCCAUGGUGACAUGGACAAUCAAGGAAGGGACGAGAGUUUUGUUCCUUGUGUCAUGAACGUUCAUACCUUUGUGGCUGCCUUCCUGUUCUCCGUUGAGACCCAAACAACCAUUGGGUACGGAGCUCGCUUUGUCACAGAGGAAUGCCCAGCAGCUGUCUUCAUGGUGGUCUUUCAGUCUAUUAUGGGGUGCAUCAUUGAUGCCUUUAUGAUUGGCGCCAUCAUGGCAAAGAUGGCAAGGCCCAAAAAGCGUGCAGAGACACUACUUUUCAGCCACAAUGCAGUAAUCGCUAUGCGCGAUGGGAAGCUGUGCCUCAUGUUCAGAGUUGCAAACCUAAGGAAGAGCCACAUCGUGGAAGCUCACGUGAGAGCCCAGCUGGUGAAGCCUCGCUACACAGAGGAAGGCGAGUACAUCCCCCUGGAUCAGAUCGACAUGAACGUCGGAUACGACAAAGGCACGGACCGCCUGUUUCUGGUUGCCCCGCUCACCGUCAUACACGAAAUUGAUGAAGAAAGUCCACUCUUUGGCAUCAGCAAACAAGAUCUUGAAGCAGCUGACUUUGAGAUAGUAAUUAUACUUGAAGGGCUGGUGGAGGCCACAGCCAUGACGACGCAAGCACGCAGCUCGUACCUGCCCUCGGAGAUCCUGUGGGGUCACCGCUUUGAGCCCGUCAUUUUCGAGGAGAAGAACCAGUACAGGAUAGAUUAUGCCUACUUUCACAAAACAUUCGAAGUACCAUCCACCCCCAGGUGCAGCGCCAAAGACAUGGAGGAGAGAAAAUUCCCAACAUCUGGCGCCAACUCUUUCUGCUAUGAGAAUGAGCUGGCCUUCAUCAGCAGGGAUGAGGAGGACGAGGGAGACAUGGAGAAAGAGCAGGACAGAGAGUGUCCAUCUGAGUUAGUGAAUGAGUCGACAUUUACCGAACACGAAACGCCCUCUCGUAGAGAAUCUGAGAUUUAACCUUUGUCCGGUGCUUGUUUUGAGUAUCGCCACAUGAAGUGACCUAUGACUGUCAUCCUGCUGAUAUGAGGACACCGCUGAGGCAGG